AGAUCCCGUCAUGCCGCCGCCGCCGCCCCUUCCUCCUCCUCCUCCUCUUCUCCUGUGCCUCAUCGUCGCCAUCUUCUCCUUCGCGGCUGCUGCCGAGGCUGCUGAUGGACGGCCUCGCCCGGCCUGCUCCCCUCCUCCUCCCUCCUCGAGUGGAGGGGAGCCUUGUCCCCCGUUCGGGUCGCCGCCGUACUCUUUCCCCUUCGGCUCCACACCGGGCUGCGGCCACCCCUCCUUCCGAGUCAACUGCUCCACCCCCCACUCCACCCUCUCCAUCAAAUCCACCACCUUCGUCCUCCUCGGCAUCUCCCGCCCCUCAUCCCUCCUCGUUUCCCCCCUCCUCCAUCCCUCCAACUCCUCCGUCACCGCCUGCCCCUCCCUUCCCCACGCCGCCAUAGACCUCUCCGGCUCCCCCUUCCGCCCCUCCCCCGAUGUCUGCCCCCACCUCGCCGCUCUGCGCCCCUGCCGCCCCCCAACGUCUGCCGCCGGCGCAGCCUGCCGUCGCACCUCCUGGCAGAACCGUCUCCUCUCCGAGCCCAACCUCCUUUUUCACUCUUGCGCCGAUGGCCGCACGGCUUCCUCCCUCUCCCCCUUCCCUGCCGCAGCCUGCCAACGGGACGAAGACGUCGCCGCCGCCAUCACGGCCUUCCUCCGCCGCGGCUUCCACGUCGAGUGGGACUCCUCCACCGACCCCUACUUUGCCAAAUGCUCCUUCUGCAACCGCACGUCCGGGGGCGCCUGCGGCUUCAACGACUCGGCAUCUGGCAAACCCUUCCUGUGCUUUCCCUCCUCCGAUCAUCUCCUCCGUAACGACUCGGCCGCCUCCCGCCGCCUCCUCCUCCUCACCACAACCCUCUUCGCCACCGCCUGCGUCCUUCUGGUCUUCCUCUCCCUUUGGGCUGCUGUCGUCUCCCUUCGUCGCCGCCGGCGCGGGAGCGACCCUGGCUCCGACUCCAUGACCGCUUUCCUUCUCCGGCACCACCUCCAUCCCCCGAUCUACACAUACGAACAGCUCCGCGCCUCCACCGGCGGGUUCGACCCGCGCCGCAAGAUCGGCGAUGGCGGGUUCGGAUCCGUUUACCUCGCCCACCUCGAUGAUGGUCGCGUCGCCGCAGUGAAGCGUCUCCAUCGCCACCACCCAGCCGCGGCGGCGACGAAGUCCUUCUGCAACGAGAUCCUCAUCCUUUCAUCCCUCCGCCACCCCAACCUCGUCCGCCUCCACGGCUACUGCUGCGACCCCCGCGGCCUCCUCCUCGUCUACGACUACGUCCCCAACGGCACCCUCGCCGACCACCUGCACGGCUCCCGCAGCUCCUACAGCAAGCCCCAAGUCCUCCCCUGGGCCGUCCGCCUCAACAUCGCCAUCCAGACCGCCGCUGCCCUCGAGUACCUCCAUUUCGGCCUCAAGCCGCCCGUCGUCCACCGCGACAUCACCUCGUCGAACAUCUUCGUCGAGAGGGACAUGAGGGUCAAAGUCGGCGACUUCGGCCUCUCCAGGCUGCUCACGCUGCCGGACCCUUCGUCGUCCCUGGGCUCCUCGUCCGAGUACGUCUGCUGCACGGGGCCACAGGGCACGCCCGGGUACCUCGACCCGGAGUACCACCGGUCGUUCCGUCUCACCGAGAAGAGCGAUGUGUAUAGCUUCGGAGUGGUGCUGCUGGAGCUCGUGACAGGGAUGAAGGCCGUGGAUGUGAGCAGGGACAGGAGCGAGAUGGCGCUGGUUGACAUGGUGGUGUCGAAGAUCCAUGUAGGGGCGCUGCACCAGGUCGUAGAUCCCGUCCUGCUGCAUGAGGGUAAAGAGGUAAUGGCGAUGGUAGAGGCGGUGGUGGAGUUGGCAUUCAGGUGCGUGGCAGGGGACAAGGAUGACCGGCCAGACGCCAGGGAGCUGGUACAGGAGCUCAAAAGAAUCCGCAGUAAGAUCGUCGAUCCUCCCGAGUGAUGCUGAUUCAGAGGGAGAUAGAGACAAUGGAUGCUGCCAUUAGGAGCUUCGCCUUCCUAACUGUCCCUUCAAUAAAAGCGUCAGCUUUGCCUGGUUCACAGUUGAGUUUGAGUAUGUGAUUCAUCAGGUUCCUCCUCGAUACAAUGAGCCAGAGUUCUUGAGGCAGACAGUGCAAUGAGUUGGAAUAAGCUCUCCUAUGUCAAAUCACCAAGGAUUCCUCAGAGGAUUGCUUCCAUGGGUUCCUUCACCCUUCUCAACUACAUAAAGGAGCGUCUGCAUCCAUUAACUUGAUCAGCAUUUUCAGGAUUCGGGAGUACCAAACAGACAAGAUUGGUUCAGUCACACAUAGUAUGGCUGAUAGAAUUUUUGUCGAGGGAUGCAAGUGUGAAGGGAAAGCUUGUGAAUUUGUAUGGCCUCUACUCACUGAUUGUCGUCGUAAACAGAUUCAAAAUGGAGUUGGGAGUCAAUUCGCAGAGGAGAAGAGGAUACUUAUUUUCUUUGUUGGUGCUAAUCCUUCUCUGGAAGGUGAGUCUCGAUUGUUAUUUCUUUUCGUGAAUGAAUAUGCUAUCUCAAGUGCUUCCAUUGGCAA